CUGCAACAGGGCCUCAGCUCUAUAAAAACCCUGGUAGCACAGACCUUACACAAGCUGCCUCUGUGUGUGCAGAGGCUGGCCAGGAGUCUCCCAGCCCCACCUGUCGGAUGACACCCCCUCCCUCCUUGCCCUGCCCCCUCUAUUCUCCUGAAAUCUUGACCUCCACCUUGGCCAGCCUGGACCAUGCCUCCCAACCUCACCGGCUACUACUGCUUUGUCUCGCAGAAGAACUUGGAGAGCUACCUGCAAGCUCUAAACAUCAACAUGGCUCUGCGGAAGAUCGCGCCGCUGCUCAAGCCAGAUGAGGAGACUGACCAUCGGGGCAACCACGUGACAGUGAAGACCCUCAGCACCUUCCGAAACUAAGCUCUGGAAUUCGAGGUGGGAGUGGAGUUUGAGGAGGACUUGAGGAUCACGGAGGGACGGAAGCUCCAGACCACUGUCACCUGGGAAGAGGAGCAGCUGGUAUGUGUAGAGAAAGGGGAGGUCCCUGACUGGGGCUGGAGACACUGGCUGGAGGGAGACACGUCGUAUCUGGAGAUGACUGCAAGUGAUGCAGUGCAUGAGCAGGUCUUCAGGAAGGUCAAAUAGCUGGAGAGGAGCUGAGGACCCCCCUGGACCACGGCAGUCCCCAGUCUCCUCUUGUCUGUGUCCCCUUCAAGCCCAGAUGGU